AUGAUAACUCUUCAUUCAAUAACUCUUUAUUCAAUGACUCUUCAUUCAAUAACUCUUCAUUCAAUGAUAUCAACUCUUUAUUCAAUGAUAUCAACUCUUUAUUCAAUGAUAUCAACUCUUUAUUCAAUGAUAACUCUUUAUUCAAUGACAACAAUUCUCUUUUCAAUGAUAUCAACUCUUUAUUCAAUGAUAUCAACUCUUUAUUCAAUGAUAACUCUUCAUUCAAUGAUAACUCUUUAUUCAAUGAUAACUCUUCAUUCAAUGAUAUCAACUCUUCAUUCAAUGAUAUCAACUCUUCAUUCAAUGAUAUCAACUCUUCAUUCAAUGAUAUCAACUCUUCAUUCAAUGAUAUCAACUCUUCAUUCAAUGAUAUCAACUCUUUAUUCAAUGAUAUCAACUCUUCAUUCAAUGAUAUCAACUCUUCAUUCAAUGAUAUCAACUCUUUAUUCAAUGAUAUCAACUCUUCAUUCAAUGAUAACUCUUUAUUCAAUGAUAACUCUUUAUUCAAUGACAACAAUUCUCUUUUCAAUGAUAUUAAUACUUCAUUCAAUGAUAACUCUUUAUUCAAUGAUAACUCUUUAUUCAAUGAUAUCAACUCUUUAUUCAAUGAUAACUCUUUAUUCAAUGACAACAAUUCUCUUUUCAAUGAUAUCAACUCUUCAUUCAAUGAUAACUCUUUAUUCAAUGAUAACUCUUUAUUCAAUGAUAUCAACUCUUUAUUCAAUGAUAACUCUUUAUUCAAUGACAACAAUUCUCUUUUCAAUGAUAUCAAUACUUCAUUCAAUGAUAACUCUUUAUUCAAUGAUAUCAACUCUUUAUUCAAUGAUAACUCUUUAUUCAAUGAUAUCAACUCUUCAUUCAAUGAUAUCAACUCUUUAUUCAAUGAUAACUCUUUAUUCAAUGAUAACUCUUUAUUCAAUGAUAUCAACUCUUCAUUCAAUGAUAUCAACUCUUUAUUCAAUGAUAUCAACUCUUCAUUCAAUGAUAUCAACUCUUUAUUCAAUGAUAUCAACUCUUCAUUCAAUGAUAUCAACUCUUCAUUCAAUGAUAUCAACUCUUUAUUCAAUGAUAUCAACUCUUCAUUCAAUGAUAUCAACUCUUUAUUCAAUGAUAUCAACUCUUUAUUCAAUGAUAACUCUUCAUUCAAUGAUAACUCUUUAUUCAAUGAUAACUCUCUUUUCAAUGAUAUCAACUCUUCAUUCAAUGAUAUAA